AUGCUUGGGCAGGACAGUGAGGUGCCUUCUGCGCUGGUGGUCUUCGACUGGGCCAGCUGCCUUUUGUAUGCCUUUCUUAAGCCUGUGCUUGAUGUCUUGACUGAGGACGAUACGAUCCUGCCCACGGCCGCCCUGGUCGCAGCGAAGCGCAUUGCGCAAGCACCUCAGGUUGACGGCGUCAGCGCCGAGGGUCCGGAAAGGCCGUGGCCUUCUUUGCCCAGGCCGGCGCCAGGGCAUCCUGGCGAGGCCGCCACCAGCGGAGCCCGGGCCUCCGGGCUGCUCAACGACUGGGCGGGGCCCCUUCAAACUUGUCCAGAGCGCUCGCUGAAUGAGGAUUUCGACUCCUACCUGGAGGCUUGUGGAGUCGCUGCCCUCCAGGCGUUACAGAAGGCCAAGCAGUUCGGCAGGGUGGUCAUCAUCACGAACUCCGGCUUCGGCUGGGUGCACGAGACAGCGGUCCGCUUCAUGCCUCUACUCCUGAGUGAGCUUGAAGACAUCCCCGUGAUCAGCGCCCGUUCGAUAUUUGAGCCACUGGGCGUGCAGGAGCCGUACCGUUGGAAGGUCCUGUGCUUUCGCCGCAUCGUGGACUGCUUCACGUUCGAUGCCAGUGGCAAAACAGGCCCAAGCUGCCUGAUCUCGAUCGGUGAUGGCUGGCAGGAGCGAGUGGCGGCGAUGAUUGCGGGCCAGGAUGUGGAGGCCUGCGUCAAAUGCGUCAAAUUCUUGGAGCAGCCGGGGGUCGACCAGCUCGCGCGGGAGCUGGACUUGUGCUCGCAAGUUUUCGAAGGGCUUUGCGGACAUCCGAGCUGGGUGGAUGCGUGCUACAGCUACUCGAAGACAUGGGGAUUGCAGCUGGAAGCGCGAGCAGACGACACUUCAGCAUUGGGUGGGUCUUUCGCAGCAGUAGAGGGAACAGUGGAGGUGGUUUCUACUGACACUGUUGAGGAUGCAGGGACGGACCAUGUGGGCUCCAGCAUGACCGAAGCCGAAGCGCCCGUAGGGACCCCAACGGAUGGCGCAUCCAGUGACGGCGUGGGGCAGCCAGAGCCGCGGGCGCAAGAGCCAGCUGCGGUGGUAAGUCCAAGUCGGAAGCGCACCCGCAGCAGUCGCAGUCUCCGUUGCAGGAGCAGCAAGGCGACUUUGCUGGCUCGAGCAGGGAAAGAGCCAGCCCUGCCCUGGCACCGGCAGUACCUGACCAUGUCCGUGCGUAAGAAGGUAGCAUCGGCAGCCUCACGCCGCCUUUGGUUCCAGGCACGGAAGAAGUUCUGCAAGGUGCGCAGCAGGCCCCGGCCAUGA